GAGUGAACAAAUCCGCUCGUACCUUAGUUGUGGCGUUUGCCCUGGUUCAUGCUCGCAGCUGUGAUGUCAAAUAGUCAAGCUUCUAGACCACUCGGAUCGUCCGUAUAUAAGCCCAUUUUCUUCCAGUCGCGCCGGGAAAUAACUGUCGUUGCUUUAUUGUCAGGCGGUCUAAAAUUGGAAACACUCCGAGGCAGAUCAUCAUCUCAUCCAGGAUCUAGAUAAUACCGACGGCAGUAGACCGAAAUGCAGGGCCUGCCAGAUUUGCCGGACGAGAUCAACCUCGUGACCCUCAACUGCUGGGGUCUCAAGUACAUCUCCAAGCUGCGUCGGGAGCGCUUGGCUGAGAUCGGCCGUCAGCUCGCCAUAGCCAGUCCCCAACCGCAUAUCGUCGCCUUGCAGGAGUGCUGGACGCAGGAGGACUACCACAGCAUCCGCCGCCAAACCCGCUUUAUCCUGCCUUAUGGCAAGUUCUACCACAGCGCCGCGCUGGGCGGCGGCCUGGCCAUUCUCUCGCGCUGGCCCAUCGAAGAGAGCUCCAUGUACCGCUACCCGCUGAACGGCCGUCCGACGGCUUUCUGGCGCGGCGACUGGUACGUUGGGAAGGGCAUCGCCUAUGCCAGGAUACGCUACGGCCCGGACGCGAAACACGUUAUUGAAGUGUUCAACACGCACACCCAUGCCCCUUAUGAAGGCGGGAAGCCGAACGACACAUACCUCUGUCAUCGGACGGCCCAGUCGUGGGAAAUGGCUAAGUUACUUCGAGGCGCAGCUGAACGGGGCCACCUUGUGCUCGCUAUGGGCGAUUUUAAUAUGAUUCCCAUGUCUCUCGAGCACCAGCUCGUCACCGCCCUCGCCCCUGUUAGGGAUGUCUGGCGGGUUCUGCACCCGGACAGCUCACUGGGACCGUCCCAUCACCCGGUUGAAGAGGCUCGUCGCCGCCCGAUUCCCACCGCCGAGUUCAACAUCCACGAGAACGGGGCUGCGUCGGACGGCCCCUAUAACACCUGGCGGUGGACCAAGUCACAGCAGAAGCUCAUUGGGCCCGGGAAACCACCAGUGACCGUUCCUCCAGACACCCCCGACCCGCUUGGCAAGCGGCUGGACUACAUCUUUGCCGGCUCAGGUGACAUCCAUGCCCUGGGCGGCGGCUGGGUCGUGAAACGGGCCAACGUGGGCAUGAUGAUGCGGCACCCCGAGCUCGGCUGCUCGCUGAGCGACCAUUUCGCCGUCGAAGCGACCCUCGCCUUUCAUCCGUUCCGACAAUCCGGGCCCUCGCCACCACUGCCCGGAUCCCACUCCAACACAGUCUCCAACCGCGACUCCACCACCCCCACAGCAGCCGGCACCCACGACCCGGUCCCGACCACCCCCGAGAAAUCCACCACCGACUCGGCCCUCCACAACGGCGCUUACCUCCAGCUCCAGCAGUCUCCCACCCCAAGUCUCGCCCACCUCGCCGAGACAACCUACCACGCCCAACUAGCCUCCUUCCUCUCCUCCUCCUCCUCCCCAGACACCCUCCCGUCCACCGCAUACGAGACCAUUCUCUCCCUCAUCAAGUCCUACACGGCGCGCGAGGAGCGCCAACUCACCUGGCGCGCACGGCACUUCUUCGCCUCUCUGCUCGUGACCGCCGCCUGCCUCGUCGGCGUCUGGUUCACCCCCUGCGGCAAGAACUACGUCUCGUUCAUCCUAAUGCUCGUCAGCACGCUGGGCUUGGCAGCGGGCACGGUCGAUGGGCUGAUGGCGUUGCUAUUUUUCCGCAGCGAGCUGAAGGCGCUGCGCGAGUUUGAGUGGGAGGUGCGCAACGCGAAGGACUUGCUUUUUGGGGGCGGGGUUCAAGAGGGACAAGGGGGCGGGGACUGGGAUGGGGCUGAGGGCGAGAGAGGGUGGUGAGAUGGGGAAGAAGGCGCCUGUACCUUAGGGUGUAGGUAAAUGUUAAUGUAAUAUGCCACUUGAAUUCGAGGGAGCCCGUGCCAUCGCGGUUAGGGAAACGCUAAAGGAGGUAUGAUGCAGUAUGAUACAUGAAUUUCGCCUCAAGAAAUGUUUUGAUCCGCCAAUAUCUUCGGCCUCGUCACCUUCUCUAUGUUGUAUAUAUGAACCU